AUGAGUUCCACCGGAGGCGGCGGCCGCGGGAAGGCGAAGCCAGCGACCAAGUCGGUGUCGCGGUCCUCCAAGGCUGGGCUGCAGUUCCCCGUCGGGCGCAUCGCGCGGUACCUCAAGGCCGGCAAGUACGCGGAGCGCGUCGGCGCCGGGGCCCCUGUGUACCUCUCCGCCGUCCUCGAGUACCUCGCCGCCGAGGUGCUGGAGCUGGCCGGGAACGCUGCUCGGGACAACAAGAAGAACCGGAUCGUGCCGCGCCACAUCCAGCUGGCGGUGCGAAACGACGAGGAGCUGAGCAAGCUGCUGGGCACUGUGACGAUCGCGGCCGGCGGCGUGAUGCCCAACAUCCACUCGACUCUGCUGCCCAAGAAGGCUGGUCACAAGGGGGACAUCGGCUCCGCCUCCCAGGAGUUCUGA